UGGACUGUGUAGAAAAAUAAAGGAGGGGCUGGUUUUAAUAUCAUAGAAAACUUCUUUUUAUGCUCUUUGUCCGUCUAAGACGCCUUAAAUCGCGGAGUAUCUUAUUGUGGUACGCAAUGUACGAAUUUUUGGCUUGAUUUAAAAACGCAGAUUUUAACGCCAUUUUUGUCCAUAAAUUGCACAAUAUGACCUAUUUGCCGUUUCAUAGGUGAGACGUUGUUUGUUGGUCAGUAGGUCGUCUGGCUUUUUGCGACGUAUGGUGCAAUCCACCCAGCAGGAGCUCUCGAACGCCACGUCGCGCUGCUGUUCUGCUGCUAUUAAAUCUUUAUCUCGCCUCCUCACUGAAGCUGAUGAGCACGCUCAUAGAGUCGCAGCGCUUUUUGAAGUGGAUGGCAUUAUUCGUGCACCUCGGGCUCUUCAUCCUCAGUCUACAAACUUAUGCGUCUUGCAGUGACGUGAGAUCCAGCAGAGAAGACGACGAGCGCUUUCGGGUUGAACAAGCUGAAGCUUUCAGACCCAAACGACCUCCACAUAUCAUCUUCAUACUGACAGAUGACCAGGGUUUCAAUGACAUCGGAUAUCACAGCAGAGACAUCCGCAGCCCGACGCUGGAUAAGCUGGCUUCAGAGGGAGUGCGCCUGGAGAAUUACUAUGUCCAGCCGCUGUGCACCCCGUCCCGCAGCCAGCUCAUCACAGGCAGAUAUCAAAUUCACACUGGCCUCCAGCACUCCAUCAUCAGACCACGUCAACCCAGCUGCCUCCCUCUGGAUGUGGUCACACUCCCUCAACGCUUACAGGAAGCCGGUUACUCCACUCACAUGGUGGGAAAGUGGCAUUUGGGUUUCUAUCGGAAAGACUGUUUGCCCACACGCCGUGGAUUUCACACCUACUUCGGUUCGCUGACCGGCAGCGUGGACUAUUAUACGUACGGCUCUUGCGACGGCAAGUCGUUGUGUGGCUUUGACCUCCACGAAGGUGAGUCAGUGGCAUGGGGGAAAGGGGGGAAGUACUCAACUCACCUCUACACCCAAAGAGUGCGCAAAAUCUUAGCAACGCACGACUCGACCAGUCAGCCUCUUUUUAUCUUCCUUUCCCUUCAGGCGGUGCAUACACCUCUAAAGCCACCCAAAGAAUACAUCUAUCCGUACCGUCAAAUGGGCAACGUUCCCCGCAGGAAAUACGCGGCCAUGGUUUCUAUCGUUGACGAGGCGGUCAGGAAUAUAACUUACGCGCUGCGCAAGUAUGGCUUCUACCGUAAUAGCGUCGUCAUCUUCUCCACUGACAACGGAGCGCAGCCGUUAACAGGAGGCAGUAACUGGCCUCUACGAGGGUGCAAGGGAACAUACUGGGAAGGUGGCAUUAGAGGAGUGGGUUUCGUGCACAGUCCCUUGAUACGCCAUCGAAGAAGGGUCAGCAGAGCCCUUAUUCACAUCACUGACUGGUAUCCAACCUUAGUUGGACUCGCUGGGGGCAAUGUGUCGCAGCAUCAGGGAUUAGACGGGUUUGAUGUUUGGCCCACCAUCAGCGAAGGAAAGGAAUCCCCACGACUGGAAAUUCUUCACAACAUCGACCCUCUUAAUCGGCGCAGCCGGGGCUCGUUCAAGGACGGCUAUGGAUUAUGGGACACCACCGUGCAAGCGGCCAUUAGAGUGGGCGACUGGAAGCUCUUGACGGGCGACCCUGGCCACGGGGAUUGGGUGCCGCCCCAGGUUCUUACAAACUUCCCUAGCAGCUGGUGGCACCUGGAGCGACAGGUUGAAAAGAAAAGGAAAACAGUUUGGCUCUUCAAUGUUACAGGAGACCCUUGUGAACGGCAUGACCUCGCAGUGUACAGGCCUGAUGUCGUCAAGGAGCUGUUGGCACGGCUAGUGUUUUACAAUCGCACGGCGAUACCUGUUCGCUACCCGCCUGACGAUGCCCGCGCUAACCCCAGUUUGAAUGGAGGUGCGUGGAGACCUUGGGUGGGCGAAGAUGAACAGGAGGAAAACUGGGAUGGAAUUUAUUACAAGAGAGGGAAGAAUCGCAAAAAGAAGAAGUGUAAGCUCUGCAAGUCACAAUCGUUCUUCAAGAAGUAUAAUUUGAAGAUCGUGUCAAAACAAAUAUGAGAUUCUUCUGCUAUCGGACAUCACUUACAAUAAAAACCUAAUUGCUUAUGUUUAAGACCUAAAAAAGAAACGGCACACCCGGCCCAUCCAAGAUGUACAGUUGGAAGAUGCACAGAGGUCAAAAGUUUACAUCCACC